AUGCCCAGGGCUCGUACAAAUUCAGUCGCCACCAGAAGGUGUUUUCGAGGUGAUGCAGAUGGGUUUCUGGCAAGCUCCCAUUCGAUCGUUAAGUGGCAAUCAGUAUGUGUUAGUCGUUACCGAUCGUCUUUCGAAAUACGUAUUCGCCAAGGCAUUUUUUUACUCAGUGAAUCGGCCAAGGAUGCCACAGAAAUGCUAUACGAAGAUAUUAUUCUGAAUCAUGGAGCAAUUAAGUAUUUACAUUCAGAUUGCGGUACUCAUUUUAAAAACGAGUUAGUGAAUGCACUGACAACAUUAAUUGGUUGUAAACAAUCAUUUUCUGUUCCAUACCACCCGAUGUCGAAUGGUCAAGUGGAGAGAUUCAACGCUACGUUUUGUGAUCAAUUGAAGAAAUACAAUGAUGGCAACCUUAACGAUUGGGACGAAUAUUUUCAGUCAAUUGUUCUGGCUUAUAAUUCAGGUGUUCAUGCGACCACCGGAUACACGCCAUACGAAUUAGCCUUCACACGGAAAUUGAUUUCUCCGUUCUUUCCUCAAUCUACAACUGUUUCACUUCACAAGCCACAUGACUAUUGGGAAAAAGCAAUUAGAUUUAAGAAGCUUGUUCUCCAAGCCGCUCAUAGCAACAUUAAACAUCAACAAAUGCUGUAUAAACACCGUUAUGAUCAAGGAAGAGUCCAUCCAAUGUAUCAUGUGGACGAUUUAAUAUGGAUUAAGGUAUUGCCUUCACGAUCAAAACUGGAUGAACGGUAUCAUGGACCGUUUAGAGUGAUUCAGAAAUUAAGUGAAGUUCAUUACUAA